CUCGCCAGCCGGGACGGCGCAUUCCUCUCUCGUGUCCCGCCGAUGUUGCAGCCGCCGCCAGUCGCUAGUUUCCCGCGCACGCCCUUCUUCGCACCUGUCUCUUUCCUGCCCGACCUUCGCCCUCGCGAAACCAUCGCGACGGUACGCGGCCACUUUCCACCGUGGUCUCUCUCGGCCGACCAGUCGCCGUUAUCGAAGGAGACUCGCGGCCGUCGUGACCUGCCCUCUGCGAACGGUCGUUCCUGACCGUCCCUUUCACUCCCCCCCCCCUCUCUCUCUCUCUUCUUCUUUCUUUUAGUCUACCUGCUUCCACUCCGGGCUAAUUCAACCGACGACGACCUUCCUCCGCUUCGGACCGCUUCAGUUCCGUCUCCUACCGCCGGCCUUUCUCUUCCUCUUUAUCUCUCUUCCUCUUUCUCUCUCUCUCUCUCUCUCUCUUUAUCUAUCUCGGCGCGCUUUCCCCGGGUCUUAUCCGAGCGGCGGCCCUGAACGAUAAGAGCGACAGUGUCAGGGUCAGUGUGCGAGUGGGGCGGUCGCGAGAAACGCGACGGCGUCAGACGGGCGAAGAGAGAGAGAGAGAGAGAGAGAGCCGGGGAGUUCGGUGCAGUGUGGGUGAGAAGAGGGUGGCACUCGUCUGUUGUCCGUCGUCCCAUUGCCAUCUGUUCCCGCCGAACGUGGUCUCGUCAUCGCUUGUUGUUCCCGGGCGAUCAUGUCCCUCAUUGCCGACUGCUUCCGCCGUCUGACGGAAUCGCCGUACAAGAACGAGCUGAGGGGUUACAAAGUGACAGAUGUGAGUCGGGCGCGAAAGUUCGGCAUCGCCUGUCGAAGUCUUCAGGACCUGAAGCGAAAGGGCUGCGCGAAAUUGAACAUAACUAACGAGCCGACGGAAGUGAACGUCUUUCUCGUGGAUGGCUCCCUGGUCGACGACGAAUACUUUCGUACGCUGGAACCGCAGACUACUCUGAUUCUGCAAAAGCCAGGGGAGAAGGUGUUAUCCGACGCGGACAUCCUGUACGAUGCGCUGAGACGCGUGAACAUCGAUUUCCUCGUAACCGGCGACAGAGUGGCGCAAUUCCUGACGGAGAAUCUCAAGGCGAAAGUCGCCGUGUUGAACAGCGUGUUGAACAAGGACGAUUCUAAGACGGCACUCAGCAAAAGGGACGAGCACCCGGAGUGGUUCGCAGACCUGGAGACCAAUUAUACGACUAAGGAAGCUUACAUGCAUCGUAGAUGUCAGGACAGGAUACGCGGUUACCUCUACAAGACCAUCGAGCAGAUCAAGUGCUCGGACGUGUACGUGAACGAUCGCAAGGCGAGGCAACAGCUAUUACGGGCGAUCGCGUUCUUCAAGGUCCAGCUGAAGGAGGAUCAUUAUUUCGGUUACUAUUUCGACCGGAGCAGAGUGAAGGCUGAGGCUGAGAGCGACGAGACCGACGAUUCCAGUCUAUGCUACGAGCAUUGUCCCUGCAGACUCGGCCGCUUCAGCGACGAGAGUUACCUCCAAUCGCCGGCUACGAACGAAACCGUCGACUCAGCCAAGAUCGAAGAUGAAACGGACGCGAGGAAGCUCGACAAGUCGACGAAGACGGAAGCGAACGACGAAGAGCCGGGGAGCUGCUCUUAUCACGUGAAGCCGCGGGACAGGCAGGAGCAAAUCGCCAUCUGCGACGACAAGGGUGAAUUUCAAUGCGAGGGCCGGUGGAACGUGGAUCGCUGCGCCUACGGUGACAGGCACAGGAUUAAUCCGUACAGAUCCAAGGAGGAACUGGUCCUGUUCUCCACGUGGAAUUUGGAUCACAAAGUCGAAAGGUCAAGAACGCUCGUGCCGAAGUUACUGCAAAUCUCGCUGCAGGACACGAUCAACGAGAAGGACAUCUACGACUGUUACGACAAUCUGUUCACCGUGAAGAAUUUGAAACUGGUCCAUAUCGUGUGCCACGAUAAAGGCUCGCACAAAUAAGCGGCGGAUUCCGCGCGAGAAGGUAACAGACGAACGGAAGCGAGAAAGAUGCCGAAGAAUAAUCACAAAUGUGGGGUAUUCAGAUACGUAAACACGUAGAGCGACUCCUCAUACAUGGAUUUUUGUGAGCAAGUACGUUUAAACGCUGUUGAUAGACCAUAGAUCUAGCGAUUGUUAAUGUUACACCCGGGUGUACUUCCGUUGCGGCAUACGAAACAUUAAGCAAUAACGUUAGCGACGAAACUUUCGUCGAAGCUUCAAACACACGACUUCGCUUCGCCUCGUGAUAGGUAGAACAAUCAGUUUCACGAGCGAACGACUCCGACACGUCGGUAGAGAAGAGAAAAAACUAGACAUUCGCAUUCAGUUCGUUAUUUUAUGCGACGCGAGAGGAGGAUCAGCACGUGGCAUUCAGGCGAAAAAGUUGCGUACAUACAUGACUGGAAAAGGAAUAAAAAUAUACGGAAGCUCUCGCGUAGAUGUCGCAUCGAAUAAUCGCUUACGAUAGCUCGACUUGCAAAAAUCUUUCCUUUGAGAAUUCAACAAGUUUCGGACUUUUCGACAAGAAAGGAAAAACUUCACGUUGAGUUACCCUCCAGGUCUAAAGGAGCCAUUCGCGUAAAACAAUUACGAAUACAGGGUUGCAUAAGUCGCACGCAAUGGAAGAACCCUAAUUUAUCCUGGCGGUCGAAACCCGUCGGAAAGAAAACCUGUUGUUUUCAGAUACAUCGUUAAGCAUUGAGUAUGCUCGGUGAUAGGUAAAAUCGAACUAACCUGAUCUGAUCUGAUACUAUCGGAGAGCCCCUCCUCACGAAGAAAGGAAGAACGUGGGGUAGAAUAUCUUUCAGACAUAUUUUUAUUCCGACUGUGCUCUCGAUAUACAUAUAAGAGAAAAAACAAAGUUCUGAUAUAUACACAUAUACAUAUAUACAACAAACAUAUAACAAAUAUAUAUAUACAUAUGUCUACCAAAGAGAAAAAAUUUAGAGCGAGAUAUGUAUUCAAGGUGUGCCAAAAUAACCGCAUGCAAAGUGCACUCGGGAAUUUUUGGUACCUAACCAAGUCUCGUUUACCAAAAUUUUGUCCGAGCGAUAAUUUGUAUAAAUGAGAGGCUAUUUAAAGUUAUCGAAUUAGCGUAUUGGAUUGUGCGCGAAUCAGGAGCAGAAUCAUGAAAUAUUAUUUGAAUCGUAUAAGCUGAUUUUUUCUUUUAUUUAUUUAUUAUUUCAUUAAAGAUUUUAUUACUCGACUACGUUUAAUAUUUGAAUUUACUGCUACUUUGAAUAGAACUUAUUUGUAUAAUUUGCACAAAUGAUAUUCUAUCGGCCUUUUCCAAAGCCACAAAUAUUUCCAAAACGUUAGGACGAUACUUAGUAUAAAGAAUUAUUUGUGUGUCAUUUAAGUUUGUCAUUUAAUUUACUAUUUGUAGUCGUGUUUCUAGUUACAUCGGAUCGAAGAAAUUCUUUCGUAUCAAAUAAAUACUAUCUGAAUUUAGCGCUAUUUUGAAUGAAACUUAUGUGAUACAAGAGAAUUUCUUACCGAUGUUACUGAAAAAACGACUACAAAUAAUGAAAUAAUAUGCUUGAACAACAAACAAAUAAGUUUUGUACGAAAUGUUCCAAUGUUUUAAAAAUAUUUGUGGUCUUGAAAAAGGUUAAUGGAAUAUUAUUUAUAUAAAUUAUUUAUAUGCAAAUAAAUAAGGUUAAACGGGGUAAUGGCGGUCACCUGAGCGAAAACUUGAAUAAAACUGGCAAGAAAUGUCGGAUUCAGGAUCUGUUCAAUGCAAUACAUACCGACAGGUAUUUACUAUAAUAUAGACUGAUGUAAACAAUUUCAUAAAAAUAUGUACCAAAGAAACAAAAGCGGAAAAUGAGAUUUGACCGGAUUUACCCCGACGUCAGGAUAAUGCCGGUCAGCGAUGUUUACAAUGUAUAAAACCAGAGAAGACGCACACUUUAUUGAAAAUCAAACAUAUGUAUUAAAGAAGAGAUUUGAGAGUUUUACAUGUGAUAUCUUGAAAGAAUAGUCAAUUGUUUAUUGAUUUGAACAACUUGAUGCGCUAAUUCGGCGACUUUAAAUAGUUCUCAUUUAAAAAUCAUAAUUCAAAUGAAAUUUUGGUAAACAAAAUAUUGCUUCGUUUAGUACCAACAAUCUCCCGUUGUAUUCUACGUGUGGUUAUUCUAAGACACCCUGUAUAUACGAUAUUAUUCCUAUAUAAAUACAGGACGUUUCAAGUUUUCCGCACUUUCAUCUUCUUAUAUCAAACAUUUUAUUAAGUUCAAAAUAUAAUUAAUACAAUUUUACUCGGAUCGCCGCACCGUAAAUCUAAAAGGAAAUGCGGAAGUCCUGCAACAUUCUGUACAUACGUUAUAUAUUGGAUGAUGUUUUAGGAAUUUUCGCCAUAUACGAAAUGGUAUUCCCCCGACGCGAGAGAUGAUUUAACUAAAAUGGUGGCACGAAAGUACCCGAUUAAUAUCACUAAUUUCAUUUCUUUUUUCUAAAUUACUGUCAGUGUUUAUUCGUACUCAAUUUAAUGACACUUAUUCUUAACUGUAUCUGCGCGGCACACCGUUUUUACAGUCACAUAUACACGUACGCGGAUCAAGCGUUCGCUCAUCAAUGUGAGUAACACAGAGACUGGUGUUUUAAGAAUUUUGCGUGACCCGAUAUAAAGUAAUUUUAUACUUUAUACGAUACGUAUCACACGUGCAAGACUUUUCUCUCUAUCAUGAGCGAGAGAUUAUCGUGAAAUAAUUUCCCCCGCCGAAUAAAUAUGUUCGUAUCGGUUAAGUAUUAGAUAUAAUUUCGCGUUUAUCGUUUAAAAAAGGGUACUCACUCCUGACCCGCAAGACUGCUUUUCGCAAUCAAUCGCACACAGCUGUACCCGUUAAUUUGACCUCGUUGUUAAUCGUUAAUGAGAUUGACGAUAAAGCGUGCCAUCCUCGAGAGAAUUCAUAGUAGGUAAAUUACGUGACUAUAUUUUUAGAAGUGCGAGACGAGUCGCGUUAUGGAUAUGUUCGAUAAACUUCCACAAGUUGUGCCGAAGCAACGUGUACAUAUAUUUUUUUAUCGACUUUUAUUGAUAGAGCACUAUAGCCAAUUUAAUAAGUGGCUUGUUACUUUCAAUAAGAUUUCAAUCAAUUGGACGCGCCAAUGUGGUGGCUCAGCGAGGCUUUUCAUUCGUUAACACGCGCGCGACGUGUAUGUCAACGAAAGUCGGUGUUAUCCGCGAAACUGCGAAGUUAUAUCAGAGAGUCACCGGCCGCGGUGUGUGUGUGUGCCGCGUGCGUGCGUGCGUGCGUGUCGAGGAACUAUAUUUGAUAACGAGACGAGGCUCUAUGUAUAAAACUGAUUUUCCUUUGAGGCGGGAACAUCCAACGGAAAACGGAUCGUUGACUUUUUACAUAUACCUAUAUAUACAAUGGACUGAUACAAUUGUAAUGAUUUUUCUUCUCACCUCGAAUUGUUAACAUUCAAUGUUAAUUCGGAGCGGAAAGUACGCGGAAGUUAGAUAGGAGAAGAGAAAGAGAAGCAACGCCCUUUUUCAAUAGCGCUAGGCGUCUCGAUCCUUGCUCCACUUCACAUUCCCUCUUGGAUAUCAGAAAGACUCGUGUUUCCUCUCUACCGAGACGCGCCGAAGACGACGAAGGUAUUUCAACACGCGAAACUAAAUAUACGCAUCGCAACACCGAAUACGUGCGUCGCUAUGCGUGACGUCGUCGUACAUUGUUGAUGCGGGAGGACUAGCGCGUCACGUCCGUGUCUAAUUUUCUAAUCUCUUCGUUGAGAGAACGACGAGAAAGCUGGCCUCGGCCUUUCACUCUGCGCGAGUAUGUGUGUGUACGUGUGUGUGCGUGUGCGUGUGAUAAAGAGAGAAAAGUAUUUUUCGAGAGAAACAGGAUAUCUCCGCGUCCAUCCCCCGUCGUCAUACGUCGCAGUACACAUUUACGUGGCGUGCACAUUUAAGAGGGAAACUACACAGAAGUGCGAUACCUCUACGUAGGUUACGUGUGUAAGUAUAGUAUUUUUCAAUGUACAAGAAAUGUGUAUAGCUCCACUUUAGAAAAAUAUAUUUUAGGUACGAGACA